CCCUGAUACAUGAAACUUAAGGUAAAAGGAAGGGAAGAGGGAACAAAGCAAGCUGAGCACCUACAGGGAAGUUAUUGUAAGUUAAUAGGUGGGGCAUUUUCUUACUGGAAUGUGAAAGUUCAACUGUUGUGCAGUUCCAGACACGUGACUAACAUACGGUACCACGUACAGCAUAAAACGAAGGUGCUUCAUUUGUACACAACAUUGCUGACGACUGCUUUUCUUGGAACCUGCAACUCGGUUCCAUUCUUAACUCCAAGAACAAUCUUUCUUUUACAACCACAGCAAUACUUAAGUUCAUUUUGUGUGGCUGUUAAUGCUUUGGGUCCAUUUAAGGAAUCAGUGGAAUAAAUAUUUGAUGUUCUUUUGCUGCUACCUUUCUGAGGCACUUUGUCCUAUUUAAGGAACUGCUUGGCAGGAAAGAAAAUGGAAGUGACCAAUUUUUUACAGGCAAAGUUAAAUGGAUGAUAUUACAGUCUUAAAUUUCUGCUUUCUGGAAUCAUGACAGAUAAUGAACCCAAGAUUGUACUUGAAGACAACAAUUCUGAAAGUGAAGGUCAAGCAAUGUCUACCAAUUUGAAAUAUCUCUCCUUGGGGAUCUUGGUCUUUCAGACCACUAGUUUGGUCUUGACUAUGCGUUAUUCUCGGACAUUGAAAGAAGAAGGACCUCGCUACUUAUCCUCCACUGCAGUAGUUAUUGCUGAGCUGCUGAAGAUUAUGGCCUGUAUUUUACUUGUCUACAAAGAUAGCAAGUGCAAUUUUCGGACACUGAACCGGGUACUACAUGAUGAAAUCCUUAACAAGCCAAUGGAAACACUUAAACUUGCUAUUCCAUCGGGAAUUUAUACCCUCCAGAAUAACUUGCUCUAUGUAGCACUGUCAAAUCUAGAUGCAGCCACUUAUCAGGUCACAUAUCAAUUGAAAAUUCUUACCACAGCUUUAUUUUCUGUGUCCAUGUUAAGUAAGAAAUUAGGUGUAUACCAGUGGCUUUCUUUAGUGAUUUUGAUGACAGGAGUUGCACUUGUCCAGUGGCCCUCAGAUUCUCAAACAUUAACUGCUAAGGAGCUUUCUGCAGGGUCUCAGUUUGUAGGCCUCAUGGCAGUUCUUAUAGCGUGCUUUUCCAGUGGAUUUGCUGGGGUGUAUUUUGAGAAAAUUUUAAAAGAAACCAAACAAUCUGUGUGGAUCAGAAACAUCCAACUUGGAUUUUUUGGUAGCAUAUUUGGAUUGAUGGGUGUGUACAUUUAUGAUGGAGAACUUAUCUCAAAGAAUGGAUUUUUUCAAGGGUAUAACAAACUUACGUGGACAGUUGUAGUUCUACAGGCACUUGGGGGCCUUGUGAUUGCUGCUGUCAUAAAAUAUGCAGACAAUAUUUUAAAAGGAUUUGCAACUUCUUUGUCUAUUAUCUUGUCAACAUUGAUCUCCUAUUUCUGGUUGCAAGAUUUUGUCCCUACUAGUGUCUUUUUCUUUGGAGCCGUUCUUGUAAUAGCAGCUACCUUCCUAUACGGUUAUGAUCCAAAACCUGCAGGAAAUCCUAUUAAGGCAUAACAGACUUCCUUACCCAUCUGUUUCUCAAAACUGUGCAUUAAGGACCUCAAAAAAUAAUUUGCAUAUGGGUGAUGGCAUCAAGCACUGGAAGGAGAGGAUUAUCACGCUGAAGCUGAGCAAGAACUAAUUAUUGCUAAUUACUGGUUUUGGACAACGAAAGGGAUUAAACACACAAAAAUAUAUGUAAUUCUGAUGAAAGAAUGAAGGGGGAACUUCUAAGUGCAACUUGGUAAUACAGACUUGAACAAAAUGUUUCCAAGCAGCUGCAAUUAGGAAUGUUUACAACUUGAACUUGAGGUUAAACAGAAGAUUUUACUGUUUUGACUGCUGCGGAACUGUCCUAUGCACUCUUUGCAAGAGCACAUGACAAUAUUGUCAGAUUGUAUCUGUUUUUGCAAAUUGACUCUAUUUAAACUUAGUAAAUAUGUUUUUAACUGUUUUGUCUUUGGACUUUGAAUUGAACACAAUUCAUAGUUCUAAAGUACUGGUUCUAAUUAGGUAUUCCUUAUGAAAGCUGUGACAACUGAAGUAUGAUUGAAACACAUUUUUACGUAUUAAAGAAUUUUAUAUUUAUAGAAGGCUGAUUUAAUAAAAGGAAAUCUGGAUUCUGUUGCUCUAACUGUAUAAACAUUUUUGGAAUUAUUUUAAUGCUCUCACUUUAAGUGCACAAAAGGAGAAAUUAAGCAUGAAGGCUAGGAAUUUGUGCUGACAUUCCAACUUGACCAAUGGUAACCAUUGGUGUUACAAAGCUGUACCAGCUCUAUAUAGAGCAUGUACCAGAAGGUCCUGCAAUAUCUUGGAACACUUGCACUGGUGUUAAAGAUGGAGUGUUUGCUUGGAUAAUGUUCAUUCCUUUAGUUUUAUUGAUCUAAAUCAAUUUAAAGUAGGGUAGGUUUUGUGUAUGGUUUUGUGUAUGGUCCUUUGGGGAUUGUUUUAAUUUUAAUGUUAAGGAGGAAACUAAACAAAUGCACUGUUACUGUCUGGAAUAACUCUUUUUGGAGCCAUUAUGGUAUAUCAUGUGUAUACUGUACUGUACCUUUUAUUACCAAGUUGUUGGGUUUUUUUAAUGAGUGUAUUUACUCACAUGAGUUCUUGCAAAGCUGUUUCAGUACGUUUUGUAUACAAUGGCUUGCUUAGAGAUCUUUUUCAGGAGUUGCUGAGCCAGUUGAACCGGAAUGGCUCCCUUAGAGCUGUUCAAUCUAGUGUUUGAAUUGGAUAAUUUAGUAAACAUGCAGGUUAUAGUAAACUAGAAAAUAAUAGGGAAUAUAUAUUGUGCAAUAGAUGGAUGUAAAGAUAUAUUGUUCUUCUUCACCCUACCCCAUCCAAAAACUCUAAAAGCAGCUAGAUCCUGCUAAUUACACAUCUUGUUAAAUAAUGUACACAAGUGAUGUCAAAACACAAAAAACUUGCCAAACUAACAAACCUCUUUCAUUCCAUUCACUUUUCCCUGAAACUGGCUUGAAAAGUAAGUAUUCUCAUGAGUUUUACACAACAGGUAUUAACAUGGAGUGACUUCUGAUCUGUGGUUACACUUGUGGAAGUAGCAGCUGAUAAAAAUGAAAUGUUAAUGAUACCUUACCUGUAGAAUCGCAAAUGAUAAAAGUAUUUAAUGUCUCACUAUAUGAGCCCACAUAUGUACAUGCACACACUGGUGUCAAAAUGGUAGAAAUGGUAGAAAACAGAGUGAUGGUGUGACAGGAGAGUUUUAGAAUGUUUACCAGAAUAUUCUAGUAGGUUUUCCAAAAUUUUUUAGUGACUGACUAAUAACAGAGAAUUCCAUGCAAAAUUAUGUAAAAUGCCAUGAGAUUUUAAUGCAAGUCACUGUAAUGCAAAAAAAACCCCAAACAAACACUUAUACUCAACAGAUAAAAAUAAUGCUUUUUCUCCAGCUAAUUAUGUGGAUAAAUCAACAUUUAUUUUAAACCAGGGAAAUCAAAUAGAGAAAUUCCAGAAAUGGUACAAGUGAUUUGACUAUAAGUAGCAUAGUUACCCAAAUUCAAGAUUAUUUCACAUUUAAGACACCCCCCACUUCUUAGAUUUUAGACAUGGAAAAUUAUAAAUUUGUUUUAAUUUCCCAUGUCUAGAAUAUGGUUAUUGAGUGUCUUCUUACAUUCAUUCCCCCUACUACUAGCUCAGGGAAAGUGGUGCUAGGGAAAGCAGACCUGGGGGGGAAGGCAGCCUGCCCCAAGCCCCAUGUGUCCCCCUCCCCUCUUGCCACUUGCCCCCCUCUGGUGCUUGCCUCCCCACUCCUACCGUCCCUCCCUGCCCUCCUUACCUUUGCAGCUGCUCUGGCUCUCUCUCCAUUAAGGGCACAGAGUACCUGACUGGGUCAGGCAGUAGCAGUAGCUCCUGCUCCAGUCUGGAUCAGGGUCAGAGCUGGAGCGCAGCACCUCCCUCUCGCCCCCUGUUCUGCAUCCCCCCUCUACCACAUGCUCUUUCCCCUGCACCCCUCUUGUUCCCUGCUUCUCUUCCCCUGCACCCCUCUCUAUGCUCCCCUCACUACAUGCUCCCCUUUACCUGCGCUCCUUUUGCUCCAUGCAUCCCUUCCCCCACUCCUCUCUGCACCAUGUGCCUCUUCCCCAUGCUCCUGCCAGUACCAUGUACCCUUUCCCCCAUGCUGCCCCCUACAUUGCUUGCCCUGUUUCUCACACCCCUUCCCUGUGUUCCCCUAGCUCUACAUGUCCCUUCUCCUGCAACCCUUUCCGCUGUGCCCCCCACCCUGCACUGCACACCCCUUCCCCAUGCUCUCUUCAGCACUGUGUGCCCUUUUCCAUGAGGUACUCCUGGCACUGUGUGUUCCCUUUUCCUUGUGUUCCCUCCCAAUUUGUGUCUCCUUCCCCCAUGCUUCCUCCAUGCACCCCUACCUGCUGCAUGAGCCAUCCUGGCCUUGUCCAGAGCUGCAGCAGCUGCUUGCCUGGCCCAUAUUCAGAUCUAUGACAAGGAUUUCCCCCCACCUGCCUCCCUUGCUGAAUGGGGAAAGAAAUCUCAUCUUAGAGUUAAGUAAAUAUGGUAAUAACGAGUUCUCUGAUAUUUGAUUUAUUGUUAGGCUCUUUGACCUCUGGAUAAGGUAUGGAAUACUGUACCUUCAAGGCUUAUCUGCUAAUUUGUCACAUGCUGAAAAUAACCAUCUAGUUUUUAAUGAUCAUUUGAAACUCCAAAGCACUUUAUAAAAUGAAUUGCAGACUGGUUAUGCAUCACUUCCUCCAUCAUUGAAGUGCACUGCAGGGGUAAAAUGUUGCAACUACCUAACAUUGCCUAGCUAAAAAAUUUUAGGUCAAGAAAUGAAGGAUACCUUCUCUUGAAGCAAAUCCAAGAAUUUUAGGUAGUAGAAAUAUUAUCUGAAUAGGAAUUUGACUGAGACAAAUAAUAGUGUCAAUCUGAAUUACAGCCAUAGUAAUAAGCAGCUGAUUUCUAUUGGCCACUUCAGUGAGGAACUGUUUCUAAUAAGAAAAGCUGGAGAGAGAAAACAGUUUUUAAAAAAGGAGAGUGAAGGAGUGACAAGUAAAGCCAAAAAGCAUUGUUCUGCUGUAAGAAAAUCCAGUAUUGCUAUUUCACUGAGACUGAUACCAAUUUAAGGAACAUCAGUUUAAAACAAGAACAAAAUUAUGAUGCUAUAUCUGUAAAUAAAAUGGGUACGCUCUAGCCUUUGGGGGAAAAAAAUUCUUGCUGUUGUGCUGAAGGGGAAGCAAAUCCUCUUCUCUAGAUCAUCAGAACAAGUGUGGUUACUGUGGAAAGGAAUAGGACAAGAUUUGAGGAGGGUGUACAGGGCAUCUGGAUCUCCUGUGUGAAGCAGUGCUGCUUGAAAGUUUGUGCUCACUUUCUCACAAAGAUGGCUACAGAACUAACCAACUAGCUAUGGGUCAGCUGGCCAUCAAUUUUCUUGAAAAAGAUGCAGGAACAGCAGAGUAUUCAGGAAUCUCAAAAAGGAUAGGGGACUGAAAGAGAGGUUCAUAUGUUCCAAAGAUAUAAUCCCUAGCUCACAGCCUGUUUUUCCAAGUAUAUGAAAGACAAAUCCAACCUGUAUUUGCCAUUUAAAAUAGUGAAUUUAUUAAUGCAAGCAGCUUAUAGAUACCUAGAACCAAUCUUUUAUUUAAAUAUGUAUAAUAUAUCAAGGUAUUUAUUUACAGCAGCUUGACUGUGUGAUAUUAUUGAAAGGCAAACAUGAUGGAAGUACUGUUUUUUUAUUUCAUACUGUAUAUGGAAAUUUGCCUGACAUCCACCAGGAUGUGUAGCUAUUUUAUUCAAAUAAUAACUGUUAAAACCAGUUGAAUAUACCUGUUGCUAUGUGAGAUUAUUCUACAGUUGAAGCAGUUCAGCAACUCGAUGGUUGCAAAAUCGUGAGUGAGGUAAAACAGAUUUACUUCAUAAAUUGAUUUAAAUUUCUAUCCAUAAGUGCCCAUUAAAUCUCUUGUAUAUGACAGAGAAUCCAAAUAUGUUUGCUUGUAAUUUAGUAGAACAUCUUUGUUUUAGACAAAGUAAAAUAUGGUUGUUCUGUCACCAAGAAUUUUGAAACCUUUAAUAACGAUGGGUAGACUAAUAUGCUAAUUUUUGCUUAUUUAAAAUAACAUCUGUUUUACUGUAACUGUUACUGGUUGCUUCAUUCUCUCCCUAAGAUGAAUUUUGUAUUUUGGCAGCAUUUUUGCUUUUCAGUUCCUUGAAUGUCCUCUCUUCAGUUUUGGAAACAUGUAAUUGUUUUGUGUUUUUUUAACUUAUUUUGGGGUAUAAUUCAGAAGAAUAUAAUUGAUUUCUUUCUUGCUAAGCUGUUUUUAAAAUUGAUAAAUCAAUCUUGGCUUUCUUA